AUGGAAGCCAGGGUGCUGACAGUUUUCUGCACACUCCUCUUUGGCUCUUUUGGAACUGUUUUCUCCACUCACGGCCACAGGUAUCACACGGGACUCGAGACCAGUUUAGCGUUCAGAAAUCUCUCAAUUAAUCAUCGGAGUAGAUACCCUCUGUACAUGAUGCAGCUGUACCGCUCCUUCAGGACUGCUGAUUUCUCAUCAUCAGUAGCUGUCAACACCAUCACUACACAAGGUGACAACCCAUCAGCGCACAGUUCUGACUCUGUCCUAAGUCUGAUGGCUAGAGGUUGCCAGCAAGUGGGUGAAAGAUGGAUAGUCACAUUUGACAUGUCAACUAUCUCUACCAGUGAACUUGUCCAGCUGGCAGAACUUCGGAUCGGACUACCAGCUUUCUCUGCCUCAAAGCAUGCCACAGUGGAUUUAUAUCACUCCCGAAAGCAGAGCUGUGACCUGGGCAGCACAUCAUGCCAGGAUGAGAGCCUUUUCCUGGGGAGCUUUGGUACAUCACCCAGCAGCACAAAGUCUUCCUGGAAGGUUUUUAAUGUGACUGCUCUGUUAAAAUACUGGUUGUACCAAGGAGAUAGAGUGUCAAGCCAGGAGGCCUCAGGAGAGUCUGAAGCAGACCACGGGAGCGGUGCUGGGGAAGAUGGGGAUAUAAGUGGCAAGUCCCUCUUCAAAAAUUUGGGAUUGAGGCAAAGAAAAAUACACCAUCAAACCACGAACCGGGUCAUGUUGGUCAUCUUCUCCAAACAGAACCAGCCUCAGGAAGGCCAUACAGCAUACAGUCUCAUUCAUACUGUGGAGAACUCCAAGUAUGUUACUAUGGACAGAGUAAGCAAAGACAGUCAAAGUCGACGCCACAAAAGGAACCGAAUGGAGAGGAUGAGAGUGGCUGGUGGAGCUACACCCACUGCUGCACCAGCAGCAGAGCCAAUCCAGAGGCCACUGUGUCGGAAGGUAGACAUGUGGGUGGACUUCGACCACAUUGGCUGGGACGAGUGGAUUGUCCACCCUAAGCGCUACAACGCAUAUCGCUGUGAGGGAGAGUGUCCUACACCACUGGACGACUCCUUCCAUCCAACCAACCAUGCAUACAUGCAGAGCCUCUUGCGACAUCACCAGCCGGAAAGAGUGACUUGCCCGUCCUGCGUGCCAACGCGCCUCAGUCCGCUCUCCAUGCUGUACUACGAGAACGACGAUUUGGCCCUGCGGCAUCACGAGGACAUGAUUGUUGAAGAGUGUGGCUGUCACUGAAAGCCCACCCAUCACCUGG